AUGGAAAUAAACAGACUUCCCAGAUUCCACACUUACAUCAUCCCCUUGGCUACCAAAGGGCUAAUCAGAGCAGGGGCUGCCGUUUACGGUCCAAAAAAAGAAGUGGAAGCUAUAAAGACUCCCCGAGACCUCCCCCCGAGGGAGAUGUCCAAGUCUAAAGGUCCCAGCCGAGCUGGCAAUUAUGGCACUAGCACCUGUAGAACCUCAGCCACAGCACCAGGGGGAGUCAAGCAGUACCCACCAAUCAGUGCCAAAAUCAAGGGGCCAGGGGCCGGAAAAUAUGGCCGGCAGCCCUGCACUGGCAUCAGGAAUCACGACUUCACCAUGUUUGCAGAACCAGCCUACACGAUGCGUAUAAAACACACGGAGAAAAUCUUGGCUGACACAGUCAAUCCUGGUGCCUGCUUCGUAGACCCUCACCUCUCCCGCUUUGGGUGGUGGAAGCCAUCGUCCUUCCGCAUACAGAACCGAGAGAAGAGUCUAAGUCUGAUGAGCACACCUGCCCCGAAUGAAUACCACACAGAGAAGGUGCAUCCGCAGGGGGAACCUUAUGCACCGGCUUAUUCCUUGGCUGACCGCACUUGCUACCGUGAGAAUGAUCCCAAUCCAGCUCCCAAUGCCUAUACUCUCCCAGGGACGCUGGGACCCGGACUUCCGAUCAAGCCAUCUGCCCCCUGCUACAGCAUGGCCUCCAAAAUGGAUAUGCGGAGGAACACAGAGAUGCUGGCAAGAGUCCCUGGCCCAGCAUCCUUUGUUGUGCCCGAACCAAAUGUCUACUUGCACCGACAACCUGCCUACAGCAUGUGGAGAAAGUACAAGUUCAUAAGGGACUCUACUCCAGGGCCAGCGGACUACAAGACCAGCCAUGUCACCAUCAUCAAGCCGAGGGCCCCGGAUUUCAGCCUGGGGAUCCGUCACUCUGAGUACCUCGCCCCCUUGGUUAUUGAUGUUAUGGAGUGA